CUGAUUCAGUCAACCGAAACAAUGACACAACAAUGGAUCUAUGGCUGGUGAAUGACCCUUAGGAUCAUUUUUAUUUACUUGUAUAGAAAGAUGGAUUUGAGUAUUUGAAUCUCGACUAUUCAAUUAUUAAUGAAAACGAUGAUAAAUUAUUUAAACUUUCAGGUAAUUUAAGUAAAAUAAACAUUUCUGAAAUUUUUGACAUAUUGCUAAUUUAUAUUAAACCAUAUUAAAUAAUCAUAAUAAAAUAUAAAUUUUAAAUUCAUAAAACAUGAGCAUACUUUCGGCAAGUGACAAUGGAUGGAUUAUUUCGCAUUCAGAAUAUUUAAAUAAAAUUUAUCACAAUGUUAAUAAUAAAAAUGAAUUAUUAUCAUUAGAAUUUGAUAAAAAAGUAUUUUAUAUUAAUUCAAAAUUUUUACGGAGUAAUCAAAUACUGAAAGUAAAUCAAGAAAAAUUGAUGACAAAUAAAAAAAAAUUUAAAAAGAAAAAAAAUGCUGAUUCUGUUUCGAUGAAAAAGUUAGAGGAAAUAAAUUUUAUUAAAGAGACAAUUGAGAAAAUGUUAGCUGAUGUUGCGGAAGAAAAAAUAUUUAAUAAUUCAAUUGAAAUUGAUUAUAAUAAACGAGCUCGUGAUGCAUCUCACGAAUUUUACGAUACUGACUAUGAUAUAUCUGAUAACUUUUAUGGAUUCAAUCAAUCAGAUAAUGCGAUUAUUACAACUUUAAAUUCCAAUGAAUAUGUAUUUCCAAAUAAUUGUUAUUUUUAUUCUCAUGAUAUUAAAGAUAUUGAUAAAAAAUUGGAAAUGAAAAAUCAAUUUGAUUUUAUUCUUAUGGAUCCACCCUGGUGGAAUAAAUUUAUACGGAGAAAUAAAACUAAUAGUUAUAAAAUGAUGUUCAAUGAAGAAAUAAAUAAAAUACCUGUCAACAAAUUACUAAAUUUUGAUGGUAUUAUUGCAAUAUGGUGUACAAAUUCUCAAAAUCAUUAUAAUUAUAUAAUUGAUGUCAUUUUUCCAUUAUGGGGAAUAAAAUAUCUUGCUAAGUGGUAUUGGGUUAAGGUGACAAAAUCAGGAGAAACUAUUUGUGAUUUUAGUUAUUCAUCAGUAAAACAGCCGUUUGAAUUUUUAAUUUUCGGUUGUUUGAAUGAAAAUUUAUCAACUAAAAUACCAGAUAAAAAAAUUAUUAUGAGCGUACCUAGUGCUAUACAUUCACAUAAACCUCCUAUUGUAGAUGUAUUAAAACUUUAUUUACCUCCAAAUCCUAAUUGUUUGGAAAUUUUUGCAAGAUAUUUAUUACCCGGAUGGACAAGUUGGGGAUUAGAAGUAUUGAAAUUUCAACAGUUAUCAUUGUAUAGUAUCAAUAAAGUCAAUGUUUGAAGAAUUAAAAACAAUUUAAAUAUUUUAUAAAAAUUAUCCUCGCAAUUCAAAAUUUUUAUCUAUUAAGGUAAGAGACUUAAUACCCGAUCAGGGAACUAGUACCCAAUCACUGAUGUAUUUAGUAGAAUUUAGUUAAUAUAGAUACACAAUUACAAUGAGUGAUCAGA